CCACGCACACAGCAGAAGCCCCUCCACCCCCACACGUAUGCUGAGAAUAAAGAAGUGCUCCCUGUGGUUGCUUGUCUCCUCUGUGCCACUCUGCGUCCUCAGUUCACCUGCAGCUGUCCUGCAGUCAUGAUCCUCUGCCUCUCCCUCCUCAGCCUCUCCCUGCUCCACCUGGUGCCAGGUGUCUUUGGAGAGCAGAAUGGGAAGCCAGUCGAAGGCAGACCCUUCACGCUGAGCUGCUCCUACCCACCACGCUAUAAGACAAACACCAAAUACUUCAGCAAGGUCGUCGAUUCCACAGAAGCGGACCUCAUUCGCACAAGCAUACACAACACUUUGGUCAGAGUAGGGGGACUCUCUUUGUACGACGACACCAGCAGGCAACAGGUCAGAGUGACGUUUGAUGCAGUGAAGUCAGGGGAUGCUGGACAGUAUAUGACAGGCAUAGAUAUUACUCUACUUCCUGAUCCCACCUGUAGGUUUCAACUGGAGGUACAGAAAGCCCCAAUAGGUAAAGGUAAACUGCAGAGAGAUGAUAGAAAUUCUACUCAUCAGAGACAUGGCAAUGCUGAAAAAGAAGACCUUGUGGGCCAGACAAGCAUCUGGCAGACAGCUGAAAUGAACGUCACCACCAUGACCAACCACCAUUCAGCAGGAGUAGAUGGAGCAAACCACCAGUUUGAGUCCUGGUUCAGCCUCCCUAUUCUGGUGUGUGUGUGCGCUCUACUCAUAGUGUGUGUGUUCAGCCUCCUCCUCCUCUUCAAACUGCACUGCAGCACUGAGCAUGAUGAGCACAACAUCGCCUCCAUCUCACUGAGCUACCGGGUGAGACCGCGGAGCAGCCAAACAAGUGAUUAUGAGACGAUGAACUCGGUCCUUGGCGAUAACACGACGCAGUCCUCGGUUGCUGUGGAGAGCGCGGCGCCCUCAGACGCGGAAACCUCCAUCCCGAUCUACGCCGAGGUCCAGCGCCGAAGCCACGUCUACCAAAACCUCCGCGCUGACACGCUCCAGGAAGCCAUCUACUACAAUCUGGAUGUCCCAGCCAAUAAGCAUGUGCCCAAUGUCUACCAGGAACCAAUCAACAUUUAAGUAUCAGGUUGCAUUUUUUUUUCUGCCAAUCAGAGUUCUUGCUGUAAUAUCGAGAGCCCGGUAACCGAUUAGGGCUAAGGAUGACCGUUUCUAUUAGACCUGAAAGAACCUUGGGGCUGACAUUCACCUGAGGAACUUCUGCACCUGCCUGCACAUCUGGCCAAUCAGCGUGCUUGUUCCAACAACACCAACAUUCCAGUGACAAAUUAUUGACUUUUCAAAGACGUGAAAAAACAUCUGAAGGAAAUGUUUAGAAUAAGGGUUCAAUUUUUCCACCAUUUCUCAUACUUGUAAGUUUUAAUGGUUUAUAAAUUAGUAGGUUAACAAAAUAUGAAUUUAUAUUUCGUCUGUAUAUUAAAACUGCUAUAAAUAUUUAGCUGAAUGGUCUACAAAUAUUGUUGUGUCAUGUUUCAAAACAAAUAAAACAACAACAACAGAAGAGAAAUAGAGAUAUUUGUGCCAACUGCCACCAUUACAUUGUGUGUGUCUAUAUGUCCAGUGUGAAAAAGGAUACCUCUUCUCUUCACUUGCUACAAACUGUCAAAGCUACCUUGUGCAAUACACAAAGUGACUCUGCAACCACACACUCACCUCCACUCACCCUUUUAUUAUGUUAUUGCUGUGUAUGUGUUUAUGGCUUGUGUGUGUCUUUUGUACUUCUGGAGAUGUUAAAGGAGAAAUCCGGGCAAUUUUUACAUGGAUCUUGAUCGCUAGACGUCGCCGAGUACUGUCGAUAGGAAACAUUUACGAUCACAAGUCCGGUGCUACAGAAAUGGAGUAGCUGCAGCUAAUGGCCAGUACUCCCAUUGACCUACAGUGCUAGGUCUGGGGGCAUCAUCUAAAUGUGCCUUUAUUGCCUCUUAACAGACUCAAAAUUACAUUAAAAGGUCUGUACAAUGUGAGUGUAUUAUUAUGUAUGGAGUCCUUACUGUAUGUGACAAAACGAUGCAUUUUCUACUCAUUAGCUGAGAA